AUGUUCUCUACCAAGCUUGGCCAGGCUCUUCUCCUCGCCAUAAGCAUCAAAGGAUGCUCUGCUAGUUUAAUCAAUACGCCGACUAUACCUGGGGUGACCUUUACUGAUGUUCAAGCUGUUGAGCAUCAGAACUAUUCUCUCUUGGCUGAAAACACCAACCCUGAACAGUUUUACGACACAACUAUUUCCUUCUGUAACAUUACGCUUUGGUAUACUCAUCAAGGUUGGAACGAUAACAUUGCGGUAACUGUUUGGAUUCCUCUUACAGGCUGGGAUGGUCGCAUGCGUGGUGUAGGCGGCUCUGGAUUUUCUGUCAUCGCCAAUUUGAACCGUCUAGCACCUGGUGUUGGUAACAGCUCAGCUACAGUAGCUACCAACGGAGGUCAUGGCCAUAACACGAGCUCUGCUGAUACCUGGGGUCUUGACAACUCUAGUCGAGUCAAUUUUAUGUAUGCGCAGACAUUCUUCGCCGUCGCUGAGGCUGAAGCAGCUGUCAUAGGCAAGUCUGUGAUCACGGAUAUGUUUGGCGCAAGUCCACGCUACUCAUACUUCGAUGGAUGCUCCACCGGUGGUCGACAGGCUCUCAUGCUUGCGCAGCAAUACCCUGAUUUGUACGACGGUAUCCUAUCAGGUUCACCAGCUAUCAACUGGGCUAGCUUCGUUCCUGGAAUGUAUUAUCCACAAUUCGUUAUGAACCAGCUCCAACACUACCCAUAUCCUUGCAUUUUAGAUGCUAUCAACAACGCUUCAAUCAUUGCUUGUGAUAUCUUGGAUGGAGCUGUUGAUGGUAUCAUUUCCAAUCCUUACCAGUGCAAUUACAGCGCAUCUGCAGCUGUUGGCAGGACCGUCUACUGCAAAGACACCGGAAAGAUGGAGACCAUUACCGAAUCCGACGCUGAGGUUGCUGACAAGAUCUGGGAGGGCCCCAAGAGCUCUAUUAGCAACUCUCAGUUAUGGUACCCGAUGUCUCGUGGGACAUCGUUCUCUAAUAUAGCUAAUGUGACGAACAACGGUACAGCUUGGACCGGCGCUCCAUUUCUCAUUGCGGUCGACUGGAUCAACCGCUUCGUUUUCCAGAACGCCAACUAUCCGAUCGCGGAGAUGCCGGCUUCUGGCUUCGAAGACGCCUAUGAUCUAUCAGUAAAGGCGUGGAGGCAUGUUAGUAGCACUGAUAACCCAGAUUUGAGUGGCUUCCAGGCCGCUGGCGGCAAGUUGAUCCAUUGGCACGGUCUUGCCGAUCAGCAGAUUUUUGAGGAGGGCUCACGCGAUUACUAUAACAAGUGCAUGGCCCAUGACCCCCUACUGCGCGAAUAUUAUCGCUUUUUUGAGGCUCCCGGGGCUGCGCACUGUGGCGUCAGUGGUCUGAUACCAACCGACGCCAUGAGCUAUCUCAUCCAGUGGGUUGAAGACGGCGUUGCGCCUGAUGAGCUGCCUGCGUCCACCCCAGACGGCGCCAUGAAACGCAGACUCUGCGAGUAUCCCAAGGUAGCAGCCUAUCGCGGUGGAAAUGUCACACUGGAAUCUUCCUUCCACUGCCAGGAGUCAUUUUAG